UCGGCAGCAUGAGUAACGAUCAGACAGAUACAAUUGAGUUAGAGUCCGGUUCACGGAUUCAAGUGGCUUCGGCCAUGGAUAGUGGCGAUGAGGGCCACCUAUCCCCUACCACGCAUUCCCAUUCCAACAGCGUGUAUGAAACAAGGUACCAAAAGUCUCUUCGCCAUUACCUUACGCGCGAAGCCCUACCUAAGGAGUCCCAUUACAGGAACCUCAACUCGAUCGUCGAUGGUGGAAAUGUCCGUCCCACACUAGACGACCUGCACAACAACACCUUCAGAGAGCAACAGCAAAGUACUGGUGCCGACCCAGAAGCACAAGCAACACACCUUCGGGGCAAAGUCAUCAAGUUUGGAUGGAUCGAAGGUGUACUGAUGAGAUGUCUCCUCAACAUUUGGGGUGUGAUGCUUUUCUUGAGAGUCAGCUGGAUGGUUGGCCAAGCUGGACUUGUUUAUUCCAUCUUAAUUGUUGUUAUGGCAAAUAUUGUCACAACAGUUACUACUCUCUCCAUGUCAGCAGUUGCCACAAAUGGUCGCAUAAAAGGAGGUGGUGUUUAUUACAUGAUCUCUCGUUCACUUGGUCCGGAGUUUGGAGGCUCCAUUGGUCUUAUGUUCACCCUGGCUAAUUCCAUUGCUGCGGCUACAUACAUCAUUGGUUUCUGUGAUUCCUUGAAGGAUUUACUGAAGUACUACUUCAACAAUGCUCAAAUUGUGGACGGAGGUCUCAAUGACACUCGUAUUGUGGGCACCAUCACACUUGUAGCAGUAUUGGCAUUGGCUAUCGUUGGCAUGGACUGGGUGACAAGAGUACAAAUGGGUCUACUGUUCCUGCUCAUUGGAUCUCAGAUUGAUUUUGUUAUUGGCUUCUUUAUGGGCCCUCUGACUGAUUUGGAACGUUCCCAGGGAUUUGUAGGCUUGACUUCUGGAGUAUUUGCGCAGAACGUUGCAUCAGACUUUAGGUUAUCUGAUGGAGUGCAAUAUGGAUUUUUCGGUGUAUUUGGUGUCUUCUUCCCAGCUGUAACAGGCAUUGUCGCCGGAGCUAAUCUUUCUGGUGAUCUGAAGGAUCCAGGGUCUGCAAUUCCCAAGGGUACUCUGCUUGCCAUUGGAAUUACAUUUGUAACUUACAUUGUGUAUCCAUUUAUGCUUGCUGGAUCAGUGAUCCGUGAUGCUUCAGGUAAUCAUGUUGUUUAUGUUUGUGAUAAAUUGUUUGUAUUGUUAUUUCUGUUCUUAGGUUAUUAUAACUCUUGGGUGAGUCUUGUCGGUGGCAUCCUUUGCCUGAUGGUCAUGUUCUUGAUUGAUUGGAUUACUGCUUUCAUCACCUUCAUUAUCAUCAUCGCCCUGUACCUCUUCGUGGCUUACCGUAAACCUGAUGUCAACUGGGGAUCGUCUACUCAAGCACAGACGUAUGUAUCAGCUCUGAAAUCCACUCUUGAUUUGAUCACUGUUGAAGAGCAUGUCAAGAACUACCGUCCUCAGCUUCUUGUUCUCUCAGGAGCUCCUGGCACAAGGCCGCCACUCUUGGACUUUGCGCAUACCAUUACAAAGAAUAUUUCUCUCCUUGCCUGUGGACAUGUCAUUCAGGGCCCACAGACACAACGAGUUCGUAAUUCUCUAAGCAGGCGAGCAUACAACUGGCUGUCUCGUCAUAAGAUUCGUGCUUUCUACUCCAUUGUUGAGGCUAACAACCUUGAGGAAGGCUCCAGGAACUUGUUCCAGCUUGUUGGAUUGGGAAAACUUCGUCCAAAUAUUGUUCUUCUUGGAUACAAAUCAAAUUGGGCUAAGUGUGACCGUUUGGAACUUAGAUCCUACUUCAAUACCUUACAUGAAGCAUUGGAUAUGUACUAUGGAGUGGCUAUCUUAAGAGUACCACAAGGACUGGAUUAUUCUCAAGUUGUCGAGGAUGAAGAUACACCCGUUGUUAUGAAUGGCAAUGAAACCACUGGAGCAGCAGUCGCAGAGGAGAUCAAACGUAAUCAGUCUGCUGGUCAGUUGUCUCAAGAUGGUACUGGCAGCGAGGCCUCGACACCACCUGGCUCUCCACAGGCUGAACGUGCUGGUACUGCAGCAGUAACUUCCGAACCAAGUGGAGUGGAAGCUCUGAAGAGACGUGCUUCUCUAGCCAAUCUGUACAGAGGUCCAGGAGGAGUUGAACUUGGCAAGGACGUUCUCAAUAACAUCACAACAUUCAGACGAAAGCAAAAGAAGGGUACAAUUGAUGUAUGGUGGCUUUAUGAUGAUGGUGGUUUGACUCUCCUGCUGCCUUACAUCCUCACAACAAGAUCACAGUGGUCUAACUGCAACCUGCGUGUCUUUGCUUUGGCCAACCGUAAAGAUGAACUUGACAUGGAACAGAGAAGCAUGGCAAACCUGCUGGCCAAGUUCCGUAUUGACUACAGUGAUGUGAUUGUCAUUCCUGAUGUUGCCAAGAAGGCAGCUGAAUCUUCUAGAAUGGAGUUUGACCAGUUGAUUGAAGACUUCAAAGCCAAGAGCAAUGUUGAAAUUGACAAGGAAAAUGAAGGUGUUGUGAUCAGUGAAGCAGAACUUCUUGGUCAGCGAGAGAAGACUAAUCGCCAUGUGCGCUUGCGUGAACUCCUCCUCGAGAACUCUAGAGAUGCUUCUCUUGUCGUGAU